AUUUAGUUAUAAAUUUUUGUUUAAAUCGGGAUGGUUACGCCUUAAAGCUCUCUCCGCAGGGGGGUGGUUGGAACCGAGACAACCUUUCAUUUCACACAUAAUGUUGAAAUUCAAAAAGCACGAAAAUAAUAAAGAUCAAGAUUUAAGCUCAUCUUCAAAGCGUCGUGACGACAAUAAGGAAGACGACAGCAGCCGUCGAUCCUGCCGUCAUCGUUCACGAUCCCGCUCGCCCGAUCGACGAGAACGCCGCCGUAACCGGUCACCGUCCGACAGAUCGCCACGCCGAGACAGAUCUCCACGACGCCGAGAUAGAUCCCCUCGUCGAAACCGAUCUCCACGUCGAAGACGCUCACAAUCGCCUGAACGACGGCAACGACGACGCAGCCGGUCACCUAAGGCUUCCAAACCGUCGAAAGUAGAACAGCCAAAGAAAGUGGCACCACAAUACAACUUGAUUGAAAUCGAGGUCAAUGACCGUUUGGGCAAGAAAGUGCGCGUCAAAUGUAGUCCUCAAGAUACGGUCGGCGACUUUAAGAAGCUGGUUGCUGCCCAGAUUGGCACAGAUCCGAAGAAGAUUAUGCUGAAAAAGUGGUACACGGUGUUCAAGGAUCAUAUCACCUUGGAUGACUAUGAGCUACAUAAUGGAAUGAACGUGGAAUUAUAUUACCGUUAAAUCUGGGAGUGCAUAAUAAAUGGGCUAUUAGGCGGGCGCAUAUAUUAUCCAUCUCUUAUCACACAAGACUUAUCGCAUUCUUACCUAUUUGCUUUUUCACAAGAGUUAUGUUACCCCACAGUUUGGAUUCACUUUUUAGUCAUCCGCGACCAAGUGUCCACUCAUAAAGGGUUCCGUGCGAGGCGCUUGGGAAUAUUUAUUAUGACAUCUCUAUUCAACGUUUUGCGGGGUGAUAAGUACAACUGAUUCUGUAGUGAGCCGAGCCCCAACCCCGCCCUUGUGUUGAAGCAUCGACGAUGUUGUUUCUCGUGGCGUUGCAAGGCAUACUCAUUGAUGUAAAAAGUGGCUUUAUCUGUCGCGUGAUGAUAUGAUGCUUGCUUCGAAG